AUGGUCCGCUGCUCUUUCAGCCAUAAGGCAGUCAAGCAGCACGAGCUGCAGGCAGCGGCCAAGGAGGACGUGCUUCUUCGAAGCCUCUCUCAACUGGGCGAGGUCGCCGUGCUGGCCGUCGACGGCACCAACCUGGUCGCCGACGCCAAGCGCCGCCACAGCACGGCGCCCACCGCGACCGCGGCGCUCGGCCGCACCCUCAUGGGUGCGCUGCUGAUGGCCAGCUUCCGCAAGGACGACGAGGCAGUACAGGUCAGCUUCAAGGGCGAUGGCGUGCUGGGCGGCGUGUUUGCGAUCGCAGACACCAGGGGGCACGUGAAGGGCAAGGUCGGCAACAGCAACGCGGACCCGCCGCUGCGGCCUGACGGCAAGCUGGCGGUCGGCGAUGCAGUGGGGGAAGGCGUGCUGUCUGUGGUCAGAUCUCACCCGCUGCAGCCUCAGCCGUACACCGGGAUGGUCAAGAUCGUCUCGGGGGAGAUUGCGGAGGACCUCGCCACUUACAUGGCCGAGAGCGAACAGACAAACAGUGCGCUGGCGCUGGGCGUCGCCAUCAACCGGGACUGCAGCGUCAACGCGGCGGGCGGCUAUCUAGUGCAGGUGCUGCCGUUUUGCUCAGAGGAGACGCUGGAGCAGCUCGAGAAGAACCUGUCGAGCCUGCCCAGCGUGACCAAGCUGCUGCAGAGCGGGGCCACGCCGCAGGACAUCACGGACCGGAUUCUGGACGGCAUCGGCACGGCGGGGGCGCCUCUGGCCAUCACGCCCAAGUACGGCCCCUGUGAGGCGGACGCCCUCAAGGACCGGAUGAAGCGGGCGGUGGCGUCGCUGGGGCCCAAAGAGGUGCGCUCCAUCAUUGAGGAGCAGGGCAAGAUCGAGGUGCGCUGCGAGCUCUGCAAUGAGGCCUACCACUUUACGGAGGAGGAGGUCUUGGACUAUGUGUAA